UGUGUGAGGGGACCAUCCGUUCCGGGUGAAGCGCCCCGGGGGUCGCGUGAGAAUCUCGCGUUAUGAAUUGAUAAUGUCUUCGCCGGAAACGAAAUGUCUCUUUUUGGUCCAGUUUGUCACUUCGUCAUGGAAACGCAUCUCACAUCCAGUUGUGUCACGGGAUGUAAUGAAGGGACGCGCCGCCGCAGACACGUAGUACCGGCGCCUGAGCGGUGACACGGCGAGGACUAUAAUUUAAAGGGGGCUGUGGGUGGUCGGGGCGUCUCAUCACCAGACCACCACCUGUGCGCCAUGCAGGACCCCAAUAAAAAACAGGCCAUGGGCUCGUUGCGGGAGCCGGGCUCCAGCCUUUCCAAGAUAUUGUUCGGCGGCUUGGCGUCCGGCCCGGUGAAGGGCAUUCUGGGACCUCACAAUGGACGGAAGCGCACCCGGCCGCCAUCGCUCUCGAGCCCCGGAUCCGAAGACUCCGCCAGUCCCUCUUCUUCCAAGAAGCCGGCGCUGAGCAGACAUGUCUACGGCGCCUCCAGGCCUCGCCGCGCAAAACCCUCCCCGAAACCCAGAACCCCGGACCCUGGACGGAGGAAAGAGGAGCCGGCGAGCUUAACGGCUCGCGGGGCGCAGAACGAUUACAUCCUGUUCAGCCCGUCUCACCAGGCGUCCGUUCUGGAGAAGCGCAAGCGGCUGGACGCGAGCGCCGCUCUCUCCGUGUCGGUUCUCACCCCGCCGGCCGGUCUCGACCGGACGCUCCUGGAAAGCAGCAAACUCAGCGACAGCGUUUCUGCGUCCGGACUCCACAUGGCGGCCCCCGACGAGCUGGCUGACAAGCUGCUGCUGGCGAGCUGGGGGCUCCCCAAAGCUGUCCUGGAGAAAUACGGCCGUGUCGGGGUGACUCGGAUGUUUGAGUGGCAGGCGGAGUGUCUGAUGCUUGGCCAGGUGCUGGAGGGGAAGAACCUCGUGUAUUCGGCCCCCACCAGCGCAGGGAAAACUCUGGUCGCCGAGCUGCUGAUUCUGAAGCGGGUUCUGGAAACCAGGAGGAAAGCGUUAUUUAUCCUUCCGUUUGUCUCCGUAGCUAAAGAGAAAACCUACUAUUUGCAGAACCUGUUUGAGGAGGUCGGGGUGAAGGUUGAGGGGUACAUGGGAAGUUCGGCCCCUGCCCGGGGGUUUUCCUCUCUGGACGUCGCCGUUUGUACCAUUGAAAAAGCCAACGGCCUGGUCAACCGGCUGAUAGAGGAAGACCGGAUCGAUCAGCUGGGGAUGAUGGUAGUGGAUGAGCUGCACAUGCUGGGGGAUUCUCACCGAGGAUAUCUGCUGGAACUGCUCCUCACCAAGGUCCAAUACGUCACCCAGAAACGAGCCAAGAAGACCGGCGAUGGCUCCCGGGACGUGGUGCAGAUCGUGGGUAUGAGCGCCACCCUUCCUAACCUGGACCUGCUGGCUUCUUGGCUCGGUGCUGAGCUCUACCACACCAAUUACCGGCCCGUGCCGCUUAUCGAGGUGGUGAAGAUCGGCAAGACUUUGUACGACUCGUCUAUGACAGCGUUGCGGGAAUUUGAACCGUUAAUACAAGCGAAGGGAGAUGAGGAUCACAUCGUUGGCCUCUGUUACGAGACUGUUCAAGGAGGUCACUCGAUCCUGAUCUUCUGUCCUUCGAAGAACUGGUGCGAGAAGCUGGCCGAUACCAUUGCCCGCGAGUUCUACAACCUGUACCAUCGGGCCCUUCAGCAGCCGGAAGACCCUGGGAGGCCAGACCCCGUGGCACUGGAUAAGGACGGCAUUCGGGACGUGGUGGGCCAGCUGAAGCGGUCUCCGGCGGGGUUAGACGCGGUUCUGGCCCGGACGGUCCCGUGGGGAGUGGCGUUCCAUCACGCCGGGCUGACGUUUGACGAGAGAGACAUCAUAGAAGGAGCUUUCCGCCAGGGACACGUCCGAGUGCUGGCGGCCACCUCCACGCUGUCGUCCGGCGUUAACCUGCCUGCGCGCCGGGUCAUCGUCCGCUCUCCCCUGUUUAAUGGCCGCCUCCUGGAUAUUCUCACAUACAAGCAGAUGGCCGGCAGAGCGGGGAGGAAAGGAGUGGACACGGCGGGUGAAAGUAUCCUCGUCUGCAAAAACUCCGAGAGAUCCAAAGGCGUCAGUUUGCUGCAGGGGUCGCUGAAGCCGGUGCAGAGCUGUCUAAUGAGACGGGGGGGCCUCGGCGUCACCGGCAGCAUGAUCCGCGCUAUACUGGAGAUAAUUGUUGGCGGAGUGGCAGACACCCCUGACGACGUGCGGAUGUAUGCCUCUUGCACCUUGCUGGCUGCCAGCCUCCAGGAGAGCGAGGAGCGCCGGGAGGAGAGCGAGGAGCCCCGGGAGGAGAGCGAGGAAGGAGGGGCGAUCGAGGCCUGCGUGGAGUGGCUGCUGAAGAACGAGUUCGUACAGAUCCUGGAGGAAGACAGAGAUGGCGGUAAAGUUGAAGUUUAUCGGCCCACGAAGCUCGGCUCGGCGACUCUCUCCUCCUCUCUCUCCCCGUCGGAGGCGCUGGGAAUAUUCGCCGAUCUCCAGAGGGCGAUGAAAGGCUUUGUUCUGGAGAACGACCUCCACAUUCUUUAUCUGGUCACCCCUGUGUACGAGGAAUGGACCACUAUCGACUGGUACCAGUUCUUCUGCCUCUGGGAGAAGCUGCCCGUCUCCAUGAAGCGCGUGGCAGAACUCGUGGGAAUCGAGGAAGGUUUCCUGGCGCGUUCAGUAAACGGCAAAAUAACUGCCAAAAAUGACCGGCAGCACCGGCAGAUCGCCAUCCACAAGAGGUUUUACACCAGCCUCGUGCUCCUGGAUUUAAUCAGCGAGGUUCCUUUAAAAGACCUGACGAGGAAAUACGGCUGUAGCCGCGGGCAGCUUCAGUCCCUGCAGCAGUCGGCUGCCACCUACGCAGGCAUGGUGACCGUGUUCAGUAAUCGCCUGGGCUGGCACAACAUGGAGCUUCUCCUGUCGCAGUUCCAGAACCGCCUCACCUUCGGUGUUCAGAGAGAGCUGUGUGACCUGGUCCGCGUGGACCUGCUGAACGCGCAGAGGGCCCGAGCGCUUUAUAACGCGGGCUUCAUCAACGUCUCUGAGCUGGCGAGAGGGAACAUCACCGACGUGGAGACUGCCUUAAAGAACGCCGUGCCCUUCAAGAGCGUGCGGAGGGCAGUCGACGAAGACGAGGAGGCAGCUCAAGAGCGGCGAGCGGCUCGGUGCAUUUGGAUAUCGGUGAGAACGCCGUCCCGGGUCCCCGCUAAAGAAGAUGGACUCGUUGUCGCGGGCCGCGAGGACCUCCUGCUGGUCGGGCUGGCGGUGUGCUGGGGCGGGAAGGACGCCUAUUACCUCUCCCUGCAGAAAGAACAGGACGGGGCAGAUGUCAGCUCCAGCUUGGCGCCCCCUCCGCUGGACCAGAACCUCUCGGUGGCCGACCGUUUGUGGCACCUCCGGGCCGCCGUCCAGCGCAGCCGCGAGAGCCCGGGCUCCAUCGUCGCGUACAACUUCAUCGAGCAGUUCAAAGCCCUGGUCCUGGCGUGCGGCGUCUCCCUGGCAGGCCGCUUCGAGGACCCAAAGGUGGCCUGCUGGUUGUUGGACCCCGGGUCAAAGGAGCGAACGCUUCACAACAUGGUGACAAACUUCAUGCCCCAUGAGCUGCCCCUGCUGGACGGGGUGGGCACCGGGCAGGGAGUGCAGAGCCUGGGACUCAGUACCGGCUGUGACCAGUCGGGGCGCCUGCGAGCCGCCAUCGAGUCCGUCCUCGUGCUCAGCGCCAUGGACAAGCUCAGCCGCUUACUGGAGAAGGAGAAGCUGGAAGACGCGUUCCACGCCGUGGAGAUGCCCACCCAGUACUGUCUGGCGCUGCUGGAGCUGAACGGCAUCGGGUUCAGUGCCGAGGAGUGCGAGACGCAGAAGCACAUCAUGGAGGCCAAGCUCAGCGAGAUAGAAGCCCAGGUCUACCAGCUGGCCGGCCACAGCUUCUCCCUCACCAGCCCCGAUGACAUCGCGCAGGUUCUCUUUAUUGAACUUAAGCUCCCCCCCAACGGAGACGUCAAAGGACCGGGGGGCAAAAGGACUCUGGGUUACACCAGAAGGCCGGCGGUCAGCGGGGGCCGGGUCAGGCUGGGCAGGCAGUUCAGUACCACCAAGGACGUGUUGGAGAAGUUAAAGCCGCUCCAUCCGCUUCCCGGCCUCAUCCUGGAGUGGAAGCGGAUCACGAACGCCAUGACCAAGGUGGUGUUCCCGCUGCAGAGGGAGAAGCGUCCGAGCGCCUGUCUGGGGAUGGAGCGGAUCUACCCCGUGUCUCAGACGCACACGGCUACCGGUCGUGUGAGUUUCACGGAGCCCAAUAUCCAGAACGUCCCCAAAGACUUUGAGAUUGAAAUGCCGCGUCUGGUUGGGGAAAGCCCCCCGUCGCAGGAUCCGGCGCCGUCCGUCCUUUCCAGGGGCCGGGGGAAGAAGAACCCAAUCCGAGCUCUCAGACCCAAACUGCCCACCGAACAAAUUCCGGCUGAGAAGGGAAUGUCGUUUUUUGUCAGUAUGAGACACGCCUUCAUCCCGUUUCCAGGGGGGCUCGUCUUGGCCGCUGAUUACGCUCAGCUAGAACUGCGCAUCUUGGCUCAUUUAUCCAAAGACCGCCGGCUCAUCCAGGUCCUGAACACCGGAGAAGACGUCUUCAAGAGCAUCGCGGCCGAGUGGAAGAUGAUCGACCCCGAAGCGGUCACAGACGAAAUCCGACAGCAAGCAAAGCAGAUCUGCUACGGAAUCAUCUAUGGGAUCGGCCCCAAAUCUCUGGGGGAUCAGAUGGGGAUCGAGACAGAGGAUGCCGCCUGUUACAUCGAGUCCUUCAAGGCCAGAUAUACCGGUAUUAAUAAGUUUCUGCGCGAUACGGUGAAGAGCUGCGCCCGGGACGGCUUCGUGCGAACCAUCCUCGGCAGGCGCCGCUACCUCCCGGCUAUUAAGGAUUCGAACCCCCACGCCAGAGCCCACGCCGAGCGGCAGGCGGUGAACACGACGGUUCAGGGCUCCGCGGCGGACAUCGUGAAAACGGCCACCUUCAAUAUCCAGAGGCGGCUGGAGGAGAGCUUCCCGUCGGUGCCGCUUUCCCACGCUCACCGGGAGCAUGCGCCGCGCACCGCAGGAAAGUCUGAGAGGCGUAAAAAUAACCUCCCGCCGGAGCGCGGCGCUUUCUUCAUCCUCCAGCUCCACGACGAGCUGCUGUACGAGGCUGCGGAGGAUAACGCCAUCCAGGUGGCUCAGAUCAUAAAGCGCGAGAUGGAAAACGCCAUCAAACUAUCGGUGAAACUAAAAGCAAAAGUGAAAAUCGGCCCCAGCUGGGGGUCCCUGCAGGACUUCGACCUGUGAGAGGGGCCCCGCAAACCCCGGCUGUACGGAGAAGACGGGAAGAAUCCUCUCCUGCGCGUUGGAAAGUCGGCGCCAUUUCUUUUUAACGGCCCCUUUUAAUUUAUUCCCCGGCGCGGUUUGAAUAUUCCGAUGAUAUUUUAAUAUCUGAUCCUUUUUGUAUAGCAGGCGAUACGUGCGAUAAAUGAAUUUAAAUAUUAAUAUUUUCUUAAAUUAAAGCAUCAAUUCAUGAAUUAUUCCUCCCCGCCUUCUGACUCAUCAUAUUCCGACUUUACCUAGUCGGAAUAUGCUAAUUAUGUAAUGUAUUUAUGUAAGCAUGUGUAUA